GCAAGUCGGGCACCGUCCUGGACACCGAGGGGCUCCGGCGAGGGCGCGGUGAGCUGCCUGCGCCGCGCCAGCCACGUGGGGGCCACCCACAACCCAGCCCACGAGGCGCUCGCGGCCGCGUCGCAGUGGCUCUCCUCCGACGCGCGCGAUCGCAAACGGGCGCGCCGCCUGAAGCAGCAGCUCAGCCUGACCGCGCGGGGCAUCAGGCCGAGGGACCCCGCCGCCCACGUGGAUGCGCCCCUGCCUGUCGUUGGCAGCGCCGCUGGGCUGCCGCAGGCGGCGUGGUCGCCCUCGUCGCCGAGGGCUGCUGCAUCCCAUCGUGAUACCAUGGCUGCCACAGUGCCGGGGCUGCCGCUGUCGGCGGCGCGGGAGAGCCCCAGCGUGGUUGCUCCGGCCGUGAAGGAGACUCCGCCAGUGAUAAGAGAGCUCUGCGAGCGAAUCGCGGAGAAGGCGAUCCAGAAGUUCAAGACCACCCGUGAGGCGUUUCGCUUCAUCGACGCAGACCACGAUGGUUUCAUUGACCGCAGCGAGAUGAGGCAUUUCUUCCGCGCGUACGAUUACGGGCCCGACGUCGCUGACAGUCUGUUCGAUUAUUUGGACCAGGAGGGCAACGAGGAGAUCGACCACAACACCUUCUUCAGGCUGCUGACCCCGUUCUUCAACGGCUGCAGGCCCGCGUCGACGGCGUCCAUCACCAUGAUGUCUCCUCCGUCCCCGCGCGAGUCGCCCCGCCCGUCGCCGGAGGUGGGCGAGCCGACCGGACAGAAGGUGCGCCGCAGCCGCACCAAGGACGUGCAGAAAGAGUUCGACGAGGUCCUGGACGUCAUCGGCAAGAAGGCAGCGUUUAAGUUCAAGACGGUUCACGAGGCGUGGCGCUACGUCGACAACGACAAGAACGGCGCCGUGUCCCGGAGCGAGAUGCAGUACUUCUUCCGCGCGUUCAAUCUUACGAAGGAGGCCGCAGACAAGUUCUUCGACCGGCUCGACGACGACGAGCAUGGCGAAAUCCCGUACGAGGUGUUCACCAAGCACCUCGCGCCCUACAUCCAGCCCCAAGUCUGCGGAGGAGUGCGCCUGCCCGUCAAGGUUCACGCCAAGGGGGCCCUCAGCCGCACCAUGCCGACCGGAUUCAAGGACGAGCUCGCGGCGUCGCCCGCCAGCCCAAUGAAGAGAAGGCAGGGCGCAGACCAGGGCCUGAGAGCUGAGCUGAAGGCCCUCAUGCAGGACCUGGGCCAGAAGCUCCCCCUCAAGUUCAGACAUCCCCGGGACGCGUUCCGCAUGUUGGACCUGCAGCGCAACGGCCGCAUCACGCGGCAGGAGCUGCGGGCAUUCUUCCGCGGCUUCGGCCACUCGGACCAGGUCUCCGACAAAAUGUUUGAUCUGCUCGCAGAGGAGUCGCACGGCGAGGUGGACUUUUGCGCCUUCAUGAGCCAUUUUGACUCCGUGCUCGGGCCACAUUUCCGGUGCGCCAAGCGAAAGCCGCUGAUCGAGUUGGAGGACAAGCGGCUGGAAAAGGAGAUCAACGACAUCGCCAUGGCCAUCCAGGAUCGGCUGACCACGAAAUACAAGACGGUCCAGGACGCCUUUCGGGCCAUGGACCUCAACAAGGACGGGACCGUGCAGCUCAGCGAGCUGAAGAUUUUCUUCCGCAGCUUUGGGAUGCCAACGGACGUCGCUGAGAAGGUUUUCAACGUCCUCUGCUCCGACGGCGGCAUGGACGAAGACGGCGGGGUCAAGUACGAGGAAUUCACCCAGCUGCUGGGGGCGGAGAAGCCAAAGGAGAGGUCGAAGGGAACCCCCUCGUGGCGGCUGAACUACGGCGGCGUCGCUCUCGUGGUGUGA